UUACACACGAACUAAAGCAGUUGGAUCCCUCUCCAGCCGAGCGCGACCCACACAGGCAGCGGCGGGCGCGGGACCGGCCCCGCUCGCACCGCUGGCAGCGCCCGGAGCCCCGCGGACGCGGCUGGGCACAGCCGAGGCGGUGACGGACAGUCCUGCUGUCCUCACGGAUGAGCGACAGCUCUGGCGAAACUCGCACCGGAGGGCGGACGCGGCCCUCCCGCUGGCGAAGCCUCACACUUUAUGGCCGCUGACUCGCCACACACCUGAGGGCAACGGCGCGGCCCCGCUCCGGGCGGCCCGCGCACAGCCGCGCCGACAACGGGCGGCAGCGCCUCCCGCCCCCGCCCGGCCCCGGGCCCUCAGCGCCCUCCGCUCGCACCGCUGGCGCGGCCCGGCGCGGGGACAUGGCAGGUCGCUCUCCCGGCGCCAGCACGGCGCGGAGCGGCGGCCACAGGCGCGGGGAGGUUUGAGCCACGCCGGCUGCCGUACGGCGGGACGUGCCGCCUCCCGCUUCCGCGCGGAACGGCCGCGCGGGUUCUGGCUGCGCCAUGGAACCCGUCCUGCCUGUCGGCCUCCUCCUCCUGCUCUCCUUACUGCUCGUCCCCGUGGCGCUGCUGGCGAGGAGGCGCCGCGGCCGGCAGGCCCCGCCGCUCAGGCUGCUGGUGGUGGCUGGCUCCGACGGCACACGCGUGUCACCCAGGCUAUCAGUGACCACACUGGCCGGGACAGACCCGCGCAGCUUCCAACACAGAGUCAUUGCUGGCAGUUCAGGGCAAGGCUUUGCAAAGGUGGGCACACAACAGAAAUCCUGAGGUUGCUUAGCUGUUUAUCAGAGUCCUACUCUCCUAGACAUUAUAUCCUAGCAGACUCGGAUAAGAUGAGUGAAGCUAAAAUACGUUCUUUUGAACAAGAAAGGGCUGAAAUGUUCUCCAGUUCCCAGUUCACCCUUGAUCGCAUUCCCAGAAGCCGUGAGGUUCGACAGUCAUGGACCUCCUCCGUGGCAACAACCCUGUACUCCUUCCUUUACUCUCUUCCUUUGACCUACAAGCUGAAACCAGAUUUGAUAUUGUGCAAUGGGCCAGGAACAUGUGUUCCUGUCUGUGUAUCUGCUCUUCUUCUUGGGCUGCUAGGAAUAAAGAGAGCCAUCAUUGUGUACGUAGAGAGCAUCUGCCGCGUGGAAACUUUAUCCCUCUCUGGAAAGAUUCUUUACUACUUUUCAGAUUAUUUCAUUGUUCAGUGGCCUGGUCUAAAGGAAAAAUAUCCAAAGUCAGUGUAUCUUGGUCGAAUAGUGUAACACCAGAAGACAAGCUUUACUUGAAAUAAACUCUGCAAGCUCCUCACUGAAGAAAUGAAUUCUGUAGCAAUUCCUUUUCAAGGAUUCCUGCUAAGAAAUUUGGCUGGUCCAGCAAAGGGAGUCAAUUAUAAAGCUGUUGCUACAUUUAAUUGUA